AUGAAAGGAAAGAACUGUGUCGCGAUUGCCACCGAUUUGCGUAUCGGGCAGCAGGCCAUGCUCCUUGCGACCAACUUCGACAAGGUGUUCAAGGCGACAGACCGGAUAUAUGUUGGCCUUCCGGGGCUUGCUACAGACACAACUACCCUUCGUGAAAAGUUUCGCUAUCGUUUGAACAUGUACCGUAUGAAGGAGGACCGCGAGAUUGAGCCGGAAACGUUUGCACACCUCAUGAGCUCGACUCUGUAUGAGCGACGGUACGUUGCAAAUGCGACUUACCACAGAUUCGGCCCCUACUUUAUUGAGCCAGUAGUUGCAGGGAUAAACUCGAAGAGCGAGCCUUUUAUUGUGAAUUCGGACGUGAUUGGGUGCCUCAAUUAUGCAAAAGACUUUGUCGUGAGCGGCACGGCGAGCGACCGCCUAUUUGGCAUGGCCGAGUCACUGUGGGAGCCUGAUCUGGAGCCUGAAGACUUGUUUGAAACCAUUUCGCAGACAAUGCUCAAUGGUAUCGAGCGUGAUGCGCUUUCUGGUAUGGGUGUCCUGGUGCGCGUAAUUACGCCGGACAGGGUUAUUGAACGUACACUUAAAUGCCGUAUGGAUUAG